AUGGAUCAACUAAAUGACUCCAUGGUUUCUGAGUUUGUGCUUCUAGGACUCUCUAGUUCUUGGGAAACUAAAGUUUUCCUCAUGCUGACUUUCUCUACACUCUACUUAGGAAUCAUUGUUGGAAAUCUCUUCAUUAUUAUUUUGGUAAUUGCUGACUCAUAUUUACAUUCACCUAUGUACUUUCUUCUGGCCAACCUGUCCCUCAUUGAUGUUGGACUUUCCACUACCACUGUUCCGAAGAUGAUCUCAGAUCUUCCGAAAGAACACAGAGUAAUUUCUUUUCACAGCUGUAUGACUCAGAUGUGUUUUAUGCACAUUAUGGGAGGAGUGGAGAUGGUGCUACUCAUAGCCAUGGCAUUUGACAGGUACACAGCCAUCUGCAAGCCUCUGCGCUACUUGACCAUCAUGAGCCCUAAAAUAUGCAUUUCAUUUGUAAUUGCUGCCUGGGUAACUGGUGUGGUCCAUGCCCUGUCCCAGUUCUCUUUUGUUAUAAUCCUGCCUUUCUGUGGUCCUAACAAAGUAGACAGCUUUUCCUGUGACUUUCCUCGGAUCAUACAACUCCCAUGCACUGAUAGAGACAAGUUUGAGUUUGCUGUUGCUGCCAACAGUGGCUUCAUGAGCAUGGGAACCUUCUUCCUGCUUCUGCUCUCCUAUGUUUUCAUUUUGGUCACCGUCUGGAAAAGGUCCUCAGGGGAUUUGUCAAAGGCACUUGUCACUCU